CAAAAUUUAUCUGGAUUGAAAUGGAAGUGUAACCGAGGAAUUUGGUUUGACAAUCCAAUCCGAUUCACCACAUCACAGCCAGCAAGCUCAAUAAUGGCAGAAAGGAAUCAAAUCUGUUCAAUUAAUGCCAGAAAAUGGCGAAUUCUCAAUCUCUUUCAUUGAUCCCACUCCUCUAUUUCAGAUGAGCUAUGUAUUCUCAAGAAAUGAGCAAAAUUUGAUGAACUAAACUUGUUCUACAAAUUGAAAGAGAGCAAUCACAAGGAAUGUCUGCUUAUGGACAUCAAAUGGAGCGGGAAUACUCUGCUCAAAGUAUAUUGGCUGGGGAGGGAUCAGAAACAGGAAGCCAUUACACCAGUGAGGCAGGAAUUUACAUGUCAUCUUUUGCAGCUGCUGUUUUUGUUUCUGGACUUGUUACAGUUGGGAUAUCACUCUUCUCAUUAUUGGUAGCAUUGACUGUGAUGUUAAAUUCGUGUGAACGUCAGAAUUCUGGAGUUGUAGAGAUGAACAGAAAAACACCCAGUUAUGAUUAUUGCCGGAAUUUGGCUCUUCAUGCAGAGCUGAACAGCUUAAGUGAGGAUAUUUUUCCAGAAAUUUGCCAUGAUAUUAAUGCACAGUAUGUCAAGGAAGGUCAAUACAAGAAAGAUUUAAAUAUUGUAGUUACAAUUGCUGAGGAGUUCUUUAGUAGCAUUAGACCACAAGGUGAUGGUCGCGAUGUUGUAUUAAUGGAUGCAGAUGAUUUCUUGACUUCAGAAACUAUGUAUGUUAAUCAGUUUAUGUACUGGAUCAACAAAGAUGUCUUGCAUGACAGCAGUAGAGAUGCAAAAUAUUGGAGACACUUUUUUGCCCUGAAGUUGUACCUUAAACUUCAAGCUGGGCAGUGGCCAUUGAUUUUGUUAUCACGUAAACCUCAGAAACUGCGAAAUGAUACUGUGGAGUAUCUUACGUCUGUGGGAUGUCAUGGUUGGUCAUCACUCGUCAUGAGAAAGGAUAAUGAAAUGCACAUAGAUUAUGAAGAGUUUUUAUCAAGAGAGCGGAGGAAGCUGCAAGAAGAGGGGUUCCGAGUGAAAGGUGUGAUUAGCAGCCAGAUGGAUAGUCUUCGGGGCCCUUGUUUGGGAGAUCGCAUAUUCAAACUUCCAUAUCCUAUUUUGGGACAUGGUGCCAAAGCUCAUGCUGAAAAUCAGAAGUAGGCAAAAUAAAUACCAUUUCUUCAUAUCAAUAGCGUAUAUACGUAUAUAAUAUUGUUCAUAUAAUUCAUUGAGGAUACACAAAUACUUAUGUUGUUGAGCAUUACUGCUAUUUUUCACCUGUGAGGUAUGCAUCUGUUUUGAAGAGUGUUGCCA